GCGCGCUCGCCGCACACGCUCACGAUGCUCGCGUGCGGCGCGGUCGCGCUGGCGGUCGCCACGCACGCGUUCGCGAACGACGCGAACGACGCGCGAUGGACGACGGAGGACGGGAUCCGUCGAGGCGCGACGGGCGCGCUGGGCGCGUACCUGGCGUACGGCGCGCUGCAGGGACCGGCGACGCACAUGACGCGACCGCACGCGGCGGUGUGGAAGGUGGUGCACGCGGCGUUCACGAUGUACCUUCUGGCGUUGAUAGUGCUGCUGUUUCAAACGCCCGCGGACGCGCAAAAGAUGCUGAAAUUCUUUUGGGACGACUUGGGGACGCCGCUGCCGACGAGGAGCUACGGCGGCGAUUGCCGCGUGUACACGCCGGGACAUCGAAGCGGAUCGUUUGGAAUCGUGUACGAAACGCUGUUCGAUGAGUUUACCGUGGCUCACGUGCUGGGAUGGUUCGGUAAGGCGGUGGCGAUCAGGGAUUGGGGGUUGUUGUGGGCGUAUUCAAUCGCGUUCGAGCUGUGCGAGCUGACGUUUGAGCACUGGCAACCCAAUUUUAACGAGUGCUGGUGGGACAUGUGGGUGUGGGACGUGAUGAUUUGUAACUUGUUGGGCAUCUGUGCGGGAAUGUGGCUCGUGAAGUUCAUGCGUGGGAAAUUUCACGAUUGGAGCGGGAAGAAGGCGUCGUCUCGAUCGGCGGCGGCGAAGGAGCCGCCGCGUUCGCCGGUGCGCGGAGCGCUGAAGACGGUUUUGACGUCGCUCACGCCGGCGAGCGUCGAUCACUACACGUGGCGUCCCACCGGAUCGCCCAGUCGGUUCUUGAAGUGCGCGUUUCUCGUGUUUUGUGGGUUGGUGUUUGACUUGAACCUGUUCUUCAUGAAGUUCGUCUUGCACGUGCCGCCGUCGCACAACUUUUGCUUGUACCGUCUCGGGUUGUGGUUCGCCAUGUCUAACAUCGCGAUUCGCGAAUAUUACGUCUUCAUCGAAACCCCGGACGUGGGGGAGGCCAAGCUCGGCCCGAACGCGUGGUUAGCGCUCGCGGUGCUCAUCGUUGAAUUUUUGGUCGUCGUGAAAAACGGUCGCGGUAAAUUCACCGCUCCU